GCCGGAAAGCAUGACACCUUUCGCAUGAGCAAAAAUCCCAACACGAAAUUCUUCCAUCGGAAAACAUUGAAUUUUUUUUUUUAAAAAAUAAAAAUCCCAACUUUUUUAUCCGCAGGGCCGAAAAUCCAAUCUGACAUAGUUUUCAGCUCUUGGGUUUGCUUUGGAGCUUUGCAUGAUUUGGUUUCUGAUUCUUUUACGUUCGUUGGAUUGGUUCUUGCAAAUGCAUUGCAUUAACAUCGUAUUACAUCAAAGAUUUGAUACAUGUUGUUGUAUACGUAUCAUGGUCACGUUCCAAUCCCAAUUCUGAGUUUUUCAGAUUGAGAGACAUCGAAACAAUUGUGGGUUAUUCACGAAGUUGUAGGAUCUGUCGUGGGGUACGUAUUCACAAGGCUGAAUGCCAUUAUUGGAAGCAAAACGCUUUUUGAGAAGGAGAAGGAUUGCAGUUUUGUUAUGUUAGAAACGUUUUGAAUGCUUUUUGUUCACGUUCGAUGAAAUGAGAAGGAAAGCAUGUGGAUUGAGUGAUUUGGAAAGCAAUGGAGUUGAGAAGGGCUGGGUAUACGGUGAUUUUCGUGAUUUUGCUUUGUGGGUUGUCAAUAAGGGGUUCAGACGCGAAGAGGACAGCAGAAACAUUAGUUAGAAAUGGAGGUUCCCAGGAGACAGACGAGGAAAUGGUGGAGCAGGUAUCAAUUCAUUGGCCAAAUUCUCCUAGAAGAUAUCUGGCUAGUCAGUCACGUCAACAGUUAGCACCAAGACCUGCAACAGCUCUAGCUCCAAGCCCAGCAUCAGCAUCACCUAUUAAUGGUCCAGCACCAUCUGAUCUCGCAGCUUCGAGUUCUCCAUCUCCAAAUCCAAGGCCCCCUGUUGAGGCACCAGAAGAGCCAUCUCCCUCACCAGAGCUGAUUGACUCACUUCCUCUAGCUCCACCUCCUCAACAUUUUCCACCUGCUCUCCAAGUUGUUCCAGGAAAAUCACCAAAAAAGGAUAGCGGCAGUGAGACGAAAAAAAUUGUAGCUAUUGCUGCAACUGCAGCAGCAGUCCUUGUCGUUGUUGCAGUGCUCCUCUUUUGCUGUCUUAAGGGUAGUAGCAAGAAAAUUGGCCCAAGAGAUGGAAAAAGAGAUGAGAAGCCUCUUCUUGAAUUAAGUAUGAGUGAUUUCUCCACUGGUUCUUCACAAAAGUCUGUUAGUCUAGGAAAUUCAAGUAUAAAAGACGUAUGUGUUGAUAUCGGAAAGCAUCCUCCUUUCCUUACCAAUUUGUCCAUGAAACAUGGAACUUUUGAUUCUUUACUGGCUGGGUCGCCAUUAUCAGAAGGUGCAGGACGAGUACCAUUUCCUCUAAAACUUCCUCCUGGAAGAUCAGCUCCUUUGCCUCCUGCUCCACCAAGUCCGCCACCUCCUCCUCCUCCUCAGCCCCCACCACCUCCUAAAGCUGCUCGCCCUCCUCCUGCUCCACCAAAAGUAAUGCCUGGGAAAUACCAACCUUCACGGUUUGGACCCCAUCGUCAAAGAAGUAAUGGUUCUAGUGAGGGAGGUGAUCUUGAUGGUGAAUCUGGAGCUCCAAAAGCCAAGUUGAAGCCAUUCUUCUGGGAUAAGGUUCUUGCCAACCCUGAUCAGUCAAUGGUCUGGCAUGAGAUUAGUUCUGGAUCAUUCCAGUUCAAUGAGGAGAUGAUAGAGUCUCUAUUUGGUUAUGCCAAUAUGGAUAAAAGCAAAAUUGAGCGCAAGAAAGAGUCUGCAUCCCUUGAACCUUCAAUUCAGUACAUACAGAUUAUUGAUACUAAGAAAGCACAAAAUUUAUCAAUUCUACUGCGAGCGCUGAAUGUUACAACAGAAGAAGUCCUUGAUGCUCUUCAAGAAGGUAAUGAGCUUCCUGUGGAGCUCCUUCAAACUUUGUUGAAGAUGGCACCAACAACGGAAGAGGAACUGAAGCUCAGGUUAUUCAGUGGCGAUCUUUCUCGACUUGGUCCUGCAGACCGGUUCCUAAAAGUCUUGGUUGACUUCCCAUUUGCAUUUAAACGACUAGAGUCACUUCUGUUCAUGAGUUCCAUACAAGAGGAGGUCUUUAACGUUAAAGAGUCCUUGUCAACUCUAGAGGUUGCUUGCAAGAAACUAAGAAGCAGCAGGCUAUUCCUAAAACUCUUAGAAGCAGUUCUCAAAACUGGAAACCGCAUGAAUGAUGGUACCUACAGGGGUGGUGCACAGGCAUUUAAGCUUGACACACUCUUGAAACUGUCAGAUGUAAAAGGAACUGAUGGCAAGACCACACUACUGCACUUUGUUGUUCAGGAGAUCAUCCGUUCCGAAGGCAUACGAGCUGUCCGUACAGAUACAGCAAGCCAGAGUGACUCCAGCCUGAAAACAGAUGAUUUUGCCGAGGAUUUCACUGAAGAAACAGCAGAGCAUUAUCGUAUUGUUGGUCUUCAGGUGGUUUCGGGUUUAAGCAGUGAACUUGAAGAUGUAAAAAGGGCAGCAUUUAUAGAUGCUGAUGGACUAACAGCUACAGUGUCAAAACUCAACCAGUCAUUGAGAAAAACUAAAGAUUUCCUAAAUGCUGAGAUGAAGAGCCUGGAUGAAGAGAGUGAAUUCCAUCAUGCACUGGCCAAUUUUGUGGAGUGUGUGGAAGCUGACAUUUCAGGGCUAUUGGAGGAAGAAAAGAGAAUAAUGACUCUGGUGAAAAGCGCCGCAGAUUACUUCCAUGGGAAAGCAGGAAAGGACGAAGGAUUGCGCUUGUUUGCAAUUGUACGUGAUUUCUUGAGAAUGUUAGAUAAGGCCUGUAAAGAGGUUAGGGAUGCUGGAAUGAAGGCAGUGAUCAGGACUUCAAAGAAAGAGGCAGCUCCAACAUUGUCGUCUUCUCCAGAAAUCCAUCAGCAGUCUGCAGACAUACGUCAGCGACUAUUUCCAGCAAUAAUGGAGCGGCGGAUGGACAACUCCAGUUCGGAUGAUGAGAGUCUAUCUCCUUAGCUUUCAUUUCAAAUAGGUAGCCACCUGACGUCAAUAUAUCUGGAAGUAGCUCUCAGAACCUCCGUUUUGUACAAACUACAAAUUUUGCUGAAGAUUAAGAGCUUCCUCAAUAGUCACAUAUUUGAAUUAUUCUUACAAAGUCUAACUUCCUUGUCUUUGGCACCCCAUUCAGGUUGGAAUUCCAGCAGAACUAUAGCGUCCAUGUCUCAGUUUCAUCCAGCAACAGAAUACGAAGUUGGAAUUUCAUUCUUGGUAUCUCAGUACAUGAUAUUUGUCAGUUGAUGAAAGUUAUAUAUAAUUUUGAUGGCUGAGAAGGGACCUGUGUGGCUGUGUCAUGUACAUUUCUAGUGAUGGCAAAAAGAUUUUGGUUGUACAGAAAAUUGUUUAAGUACCUAAUAAACUGCAUCUUCUUCAUUUA